CGCACUUUGGAAUUUGUCUGACGAGAGACAAGUCGUUAGCUUACAUACUGUUUCCGCCGGAAACCGUCGAGCUAAUACAAAUUAACCGUACACACAUUUAUUACAAAGUUUUUUCGACAUUAGUAACUCACGACGAGUUAGUGGUUUACAGUUUAAUUACUUGUAAACACACAGUUGGUGACGAGUGUUAAGCUAACGUUAAAUUAACAUUAGCCACAACGUCCCUGAAUCAAUUCAAGUUUUUAUCAGUCAAGUUCAAUGUGUGCUUCAAUCUAAGAAAGGGCAAUGGUGUCCACUUUUCAACGGGAUGGCCAGAGUGAUCAACUUAAAUGAUCUGUAUUUUUAUUGCGCCUUCUCAAGGUUCUACAACCCCCCAAGGAAUUUUACUUGCCGACAUCAGAGAAAAGAUGCUGCUGAUGCUGGUGACCCUGUUCUGUGCCCCUGUCACUAAGGCCUGCCUCCAAUGUGACAGCACCAUCACGCGCAUGCAUGAGGACUUUAUCUUGUCAGCUCCCUCUGUGAACGACCAAAUCGAACUGCAAACGAUUUGUGACUAUGCCUACGUGACCUACAAAGAGACCAGCCAAGCACAAAAGGGGGUCAUCGAUUCGACCACCCUCUACAGAGCCAGAACUGAGUAUCAGAGUGAAUUUAACCGCUUCUUGACCGCAGACCACACUGGCUCUCUAGCGUUUGAUACCAUUCAGAUCAUGGAGAAAGGCAGGAAGAUUUUAGAGAAACACUUGGACACUUUCAUCCCCAACGGACUGUGCCCCAACAUGUGUGGGCUUCUGCAUAGAAGAGUAAUGAACUGCAUCUCUUGCCAGUAUGAGAUGUACACCUGUCCUUCUCCAACGGGCCAGCAGGACUGCGGUGUGUUCCCAGUGGAAGCAGAGGAGGGUGGACAAGCAGUGCUGAACUGUUUUCAUCCGUGGCAUCGGCUUGUGUUAGAAAAUCCGGAGUACUACUACUCCUGGGCACCAGGAAAGCCAGGAGCCAGAGAGCUGGAUGAAAGCGACUUCGCAGCCUUGGUGGUGACGUAUGACUCGUUUGCGGUGUUGAAUCAGCUCCAUUUGGAUGAACAAGGAACAUAUCGCUGCUCGUUGCAGGACCAAAAUGGAACCCUCUUCUAUCGAGUCACUUUCCUGCUCACAGUUGCCCCCUUGCCUCAUCAGACCCACCAAACCCCCGUCACUCUUCCGUUGCUGCCUCCUGGUGAUGACGACCCACCUUUACAGCCUACAGAGGAACUGCUGGUGGCACUCAUCGCCAUGGUGACAGCGCUGACUCUGACAGCCAGCGUGGGCCUCACAGUCGCCCUGGGAAUGAUGAAGAAUCGGCAGCAAGCAGCAAGUAAAGCAGGACGGAGGAAAAACGCACAGAAUACAGUGUGAUAAACGCCUCAUAGAGUAUACUUCCAUCCUUAAAUGUCAGCGAAUGUUUUCUCGCUUCAUUUCACACGUUUUGGUCUGUGGUCAAAACCGUUUCCCAGUUCGAGCGACCGAGUCACGCCACAGAAGUGCGAGUAAGUCACAUGUAAAUAACUCUCUCACAAAUACAACAAUGGUGAGUUGUAGAUGAGGGACAUUUUAAACACACCGGGGGUUUUCAUUGGACACACGUAUCAAAAGCAGUAAACCCUGUCAAAACCCAUCAGAACCCGGCAAGGACGUGUUCCCUCUGAAUGAAGAGACGCUUCAGUCACGUGGGUGUUUAAGAAAAGAAUCAGGGAUGAGGGAAAUCUCCUGGAUUAUAGUGGUUUUUUUUAGAUUAAUAGCCCAGGCCAUCCAAUUUAUCCCAGAUAAUCCCCUCACUGGGAAAAGAGAGUAAAAGCAAGCAGCAGAUGUUUUCAUCAGAGGUUCUACUGAUGUUUAGUUACUCCGAUCAGAGGUUUUUAAUGUGUUUGUAACGUUCCUCUUUCUGUGAAGUUUCACGUGAUUAAAAUACCUUCUGAUGACAAAAACUGAUUCAGAAACGGACUAUAAAUCA